CUUUUAAGGGUCCUUCUACUAUAGUAAGACUAACAGUCUGCUUAUUUUUUUUUUCACUUUAUUUACAAAUGUUUGAAUGACAAAUAAAAGAGAGCGAAAUGAGCUGGGUGGUGGAAGAAUGGAAAGAAGGCCUGCCCACCAGAGCUCUUCAGAAGAUUCAAGAACUCGAAGGGCAGCUGGACAAGCUGAAGAAAGAAAGGCAGCAAAGGCAGUUUCAGCUGGAAACUCUGGAGGCCGUGCUGCAAAAGCAGAAACAGAAGGUCGAGAAUGAAAAAACGGAGGCCACAAACCUAAAGAAGGAGAAUCAAGGUUUGAUGGAAAUAUGUGAAAACCUGGAGAAGGCUAAGCAGAAGAUUGCUCAUGACCUUCAGGUCAAGGAGGCACAAAUGAAUUUGCAAGAAGGACAGCUGAGUUCAACCAAAAAACAAAUAGAGAAAUUGGAACAGGAACUGAAGAGCUGUAAAUCUGAACUUGAAAGAAGCCAGAAAGCCGCGCGGCCUGCAGAUGUCUCUGGGAGUGCAUAUGACUCACCACCAAAACUGUUCACGACUCCAAUAACUCCAAGUCAGUAUUAUAGCGUUUCCAAAUAUGAAGAUCGAAAAGAAAAAUAUAAUACAGAAGUUGAAGAACAGAAAAGAUUAGAGGCAGAGGUGAAAGCCUUGCAGACAAAAAAAGCCAGCCAGGUUAUUCCACAAAACACCAUGAAUCACCGGGACAUCGCCCGACACCAGGCCUCCUCCUCCGUGUUCCCAUGGCAACAAGAGCAGACCCCAAGUCGUCUUUCUUCCAAUGCUCUACAGACUCCCAUUAGGAGAGGUUCCUCCGCAUCUCACUUUUCCCGGGAACAAGAAGCAACUCCGAGUAGCAGAUCAGCUUUGCCAGUAGGGCAAAGAGGUGCUGAUAGCAGCUUCUGUGAUAAUGCUAGCAGUUCUCAUCUUUUGGAUCAACUGAAAACCCAGAAUCAAGCGCUAAGGAGCCAGGAUGGUGAGUUGGAGCUACAACUGCCAGGACACAAGAAAGAAAUGAAAGCCCAAGUGAAUCAGUGGCCAGAACUCCAGCUCCAACGGGACAAAGCAAACAUGGAAUUGAAUGAAAGAGAGGAAGUUUUGAAUAAAAGUAGGGCUGAACUGACAGCACAGUAUGACCAGGCAUCAAGCAAGAGCACUGCACUGGAACAAAAACUGAAAAAACUGACCGAAGAUUUGAGCUGUCAGCGACAGAAUGCAGAAAGUUCCAGGUGUUCUCUGGAACAGAAACUCAAGGAAAAAGAAAAAGAGUUUCAAGAGGAGCUCUCCCGUCAACAGCGCGCCUUCCAGAUUUUGGACCAAGAGAGCUCGCAGGCAAAAGGCAGACUCACGCAGGAGCUGCAGCAGGCCAAGAACACUCGCAACGUCCUGCAGGCAGAGCUGGAUAAAGUCGCAUCAGGAAAGCACCAGUUGGAAAGGGAAUUGGACGAGUUGAAGCAACAUUUCAGCCAAUCCCAACAGGCCUUCCGGGCGAGUCAGACCGCGGAAAGUGAGCUGCGGAGGAGCAGUGAGGAAAUGAAGAGGGAGAACAGCUUCCUCAAGAGUCAGUCUGAGCAAAGUGCCAGAGAAGUCUGCCACCUGCAGGAAGAACUGAAGAAGACCAAGCAGUGUUUGAGUCAGAGCCAGGAUUUUGCGGAGGAAAUGAGGGCUAAGAAUGCUUCUCAGGAAACCAUGUUAAGAGAUCUCCAAGACAAAAUCAAUCAGCAGGAGAAUUCCUUGACUUCAGAGAAACUGAAGCUUGCCUUGGCUGAUCUGGAAAAGCAGCGUGAUUGUUCUCAAGACCUUCUGAAGAAAAGGGAAUGUCACAUUGAACAACUAAGCAAAAAGUUAAGCAAAGCCGAGAGAGAGUCUGAAGCUUUAUCGAGUGCUUUGGAGUUAAAAAAGAAGGAAUACGAAGAACUGAAUGAAGAGAAAACUCUAUUUUCUCACUGGAAAAGUGAAAAGGAACAACUCAUAAAACAGAUGAAAUCAGAAAAUGCAAUCUUGCAGAGUAAAGUCAAUCAGUUGGAAACUUGUCUGAAGACACAAGAAAUGAGGAGCAACGAAUACAGCGAGAGAGUCAGCGCGCUGGAGGCGGAGAGAGAAAGCCUGAGUGCGGAGGUGAGGGACCUUCGCUGUGUCAUCGAUAACAAGACAGUGGAGGUGGAGACGCAGAAAGAAGCGCAGGCAGAGCUCCAGCAGAAAGCCAAGUUGUCAGACCAGAAACAUAAGAGGGAAAUGGAAAGCAUGUGUUUGAAGGUUUCUGAGCUUACCGAGCAAGUUGAAGAUCUAAAGCAGAAGCUUCAACUGCUGUCAAAUGAAAUAACGGACAAAGACCAGCGUUACCAAGACUUGCACUCUGAAUAUGAGAGGCUCCAGGAGCUGCUAACGCCUAGUGAUUCCUUGCUGACAGAUGAGGGUCAUCACCAAAGUCUUCUGGCUUCUGAGCAGCAGUCUGAAGCUCUCCAGGGCAGAAGCGACCGCUGUGACACAAGUGGAUCAGAAGAACGUGCUUUGGAAAGUGGAGACAGAGCACCUGAGCAGGAUCUUCGUCCCAUCUGCGACAGAGAUGUGCAGCAGGACCUCAGCCCAGAGAUGGAGAAAGUCACCAAGACUGCGGCGGUCAUGCUGGCGGGAGAAGGUUCUCAGGGGCGGUCCCCAGACACCAGUUCCGAUCCCCUAGUGGAGGACAAAGCCCAGGACUUGGCAGGGUGCAUUUCCGAACUAUCGCUUUCUGGUCCUAAUGCUUUGGUGCCUAUGGACUUUCUAGAGACUCAGGUAACCAUUCAGAACCUCCAACUGCAGGUAAAAGAGACAUCAAAUGAGAGUUUGAGGUUACCUCAUGCCAUAGAGGAAGGUGACAAAAAUGCUGAAACUUUGCUAAGUGAAAUGAAAUAGUUAGACUCAAAACUCAAGGAAGUAUAACUAACUGCCAAGACUGAGACAUGCAGAGAAUUGGGGAAAACAGUUGAGGAACUUAGGAAAGAAACACCAGACUUAAUGGAAAAAUUGGAAUCCUUUUCUUGUGAUAACCCGGAGUUCUACCAGGGGGGUGAAGGUUCAGCAGGCCUCAGCGCUAGUUUAGAAAUGGGCACAGCUGAAUUGUCAGCUGGAGUUACCGCAGAUAAUGUAGCCGAGGUGAACGACAGUUGGAGAGAGAGGUUUCUUGGUGUGGAAAGCGAGCUGGAGAGGAUCAAGUCCGAGCAAGGCAGCAUUGAGCACCGUGCCCGCUCUGUGGAAGCCGACUUAGCGAUAGUUCAGACAGAGAAGCUGCUUUUAGAAAAAGACAAUGAAAAUAAGCAGGGAGUCAUAAGCCGCCUUGAGGAAAAACUGUCUGCGGUCACCAGGGAGAGAAACCAGCUUCAUGGAGAGGUAGAUACUUUGUCAAAGGAAAAUAAAGAGCUGCGCCUGACGUCCGAGAAGAUGGAGGAGAAAAUACGAGAGCUGGAGUUUCAACAAGGAGGAUGUCUGUCUCACAUGGAUGUGGUGGAAGCUGAGGUGAAGGAAAAGACACAGCUCCUUCAGACCUUGUCCUCUGACCUAAGCGAGCUGGUAAAAGAGAAAGCCCACCUCCAGGAGCAGCUGCAGACUUUGGAAAAGGACUCCCAGGUACUGUCUUUGGGAAAAAAUGAACUGAAAAACCAAUGUGGACAGUUGAAUAACGAAGAAUCGCUUGUAAGGGAAUCCAAAAGCCUGUGGAACAAGUUACAUGAAUUGGAAGAGGAAAAGCUGACUGUCACUAAAACCUUGGAGGCUGCAAGAAUGGAAAAAGGCAAGGUCUGUGUGAGGCUGAGCUCAGUGCAAGAUGAGCAGCAUCGGCUGAGAAAUGACAUGGAGACACUGAGGGUCAGCAUGCAGGCUGAUGAGAAGAACGUCUUGGAGAAAUUGAAAGAAAGUGAGAGUAAGAAUGAUUCAUUUCAGGAUAAAGUUGAGAAACUUGAAAGCCAAUUGCAGAUGGCUGGAGAAAACCAAGAAAUGGUGAUUCUUCAGGCUGAGUAUUCUGAAGGAGACAUGGAGACCCUAAAAUCACAAAUAGAAAUGGUGAAGGAACACCUGAGAGCUUCAGAAUUGGACCUCAUCACGAUCAGGUCCAAAAAAGAAAAUCUGACCCAGCAGCUGCAAGGCAAACAGGGUAAAGUGUCUGAAUUGGACAUGUUACUCUCUUCACAUAAACACCUCUUAGAAGCAAAGAAGUAUGAAAACAGGCACAUGCAAGAAGAAUCUAAAGCUGCAGUGGAAAUGCUUAAAACAAAAUUGAAAGAGCUGAUGAAGGAGGUGGCAGCCUUGUGUGAGGACCCAGGAACCAGGAAGAUCCAGGAACAUAGCCUUGGCAUCCCAAUGCAGGGAGUGCACUGGCUGAGAAAUAGCAUCAAAAAGCUGAAAGUCCAAAUAGAUGAUGAUGAAAAGAAGCAGAUGCGAGUCUUAGGAAAACAGCAUGAAAGUAAGAGGCAGGCAGAUAUGCAUAGGGAUAGAGUUGAGAACCUUGAAGAAGAACUAAAGAAGUCCAGAAAAACCCACGAGCGUGUGACUCAGGAGGCGGAGGACUCCAAAGCAGAGGUAGAGGAGCUAAGAGCCAAAAUAGAGGAGAUGGCCCCACAUCUGAGAGAUCUGGAAGCAGAUCUUGGCAACCUGAGGUCAGAAAAAGAAAAUCUGACAGAAGAAUUACAAAAAGAGCAAGGGCGCGUGUCUGAAUUAGACAUAUUAAAGUCUUCAUUUGAAAAUGGAUUGCAAGAGAGACAGCAGGAAAUCGUUCGGCUGAAAGAAGGAUCUAGAAUUGUCGAGGAGAGGCUUCAAACACAACUUACAGAUCUGCAGGAGAAGCUGUCCCUCUUGUGUGACGACCAGGGGACCUGGAAGGCCAGAGAACAGGAUCUUCGUGGUCAAAUAACUAAUCUUGAACUUGAGAAGUCUCAGUUGCUGCAAGGCCUUGACCAGGCCAGAAGUGAUUGCAUUACUUUGCAGUCGUCUGUGAACGGCCUCAUUCAAGAAGCAGAAGAUGGCAAACAGAAGCUCGAGAAGAGGGACCAAGAAAUCAGUUUACUGAAACAUCAAAUCCAAGACCAAGAACAGCUUGUCUCUAAGCUGUCACAGCGAGGAGGGAAGCCCCAAGUUAUGAAGAAGGAAAGAGCAGAACUGAAGAGUCUGACCAUGGAAUUGGAGCAGAAGAUUCGAAGGCUGCAGUUCAAAAGUGACACUUUGCAGAUAUUAUUUUUUGGAACUAUCAUCUGCUACAAAGUGCUGGUGAAUUCUUACAGGGACCUGGAGAAAGAGCUUGAAUUGAUAAAAAUGGAAAAGUGAUCCUAUGUUGAAAGAGUGAACUCCUUGACUUCAAGGGAAAUGGAGCUGCAGAGGAAAGUGCACGAGAUAACACAGAAAAUGACGGACUUGACAGAAGAAUUCAAUAGGGAGAAACAUAGGCUAACUGAAGAAUUAAAUGUAAUGUUGGAACAAAUGAAGCACAAAGAAGGCCAAUUGAAGGAACUCAUACUAGAAAAUAGUGACUUGAAGAGGAGCUUGGACCGCAUACACAAAGACCAGAUGGAAAAGCAGGAGAAAAUGAGAGAAGAAAUAGCUGAAUAUCAGCGACAGCUUCAGGAAGCUGAAAAGAGACAUCAAACUUUGCUUCUGGAUACAAACAAACAGCAUGAAAUGGAGAUCCAGACAUAUAGAGAGAAACUGACUUCUACAGAAGAAUGUGUCAGCUCGCAGAAGGUGGAGAUAGACCUCUUGAAGUCCAGUAAAGAACAGCUCAGUCAUUCUUUGAAAGAAAACACUGAGCUUUUAGGAGAAUUGAUAAAAACCAAGAUGGACAAUCAAACCCAUAUAAAGGAAAAGACAUGUGCCCAGGGGAAGAUCGAUAUUUUGCUCAGACACCAUAAGCCGAUGGAGGAGGAGAAGGAGCAGUUGCAGGAGGAGCUGUGUGAGCUUGAAGAAGCUGCGCCAGAGAAGCAGAAACCAGGUGCUCUUGCGGAUGCGCGUGUAGAUGAGCUGAUGACGGAGCUGAAAGAACUGAAAGAAACCCUCGAAGGGAAAAGCAAGGAGGCAGAAGAGUACCUGGACAAGUACUGCUCCCUGCUUAUUAGCCACGAGAAGCUGGAGAGAGACAAAGAGAUGCUAGAAACACAAGUGACCCGUCUGAGUUCGCAACAACCUCCACCGACUGUCCAGGUUUCCCCUUUGCUAAAGUCAGUUGACCCAGAGUCGCCUGCCGUCCCUUGUGUGACUGAAAGGAAGGGAUCAUCCGGCGGAAGGAAAGCCUCAGGCAAGAGGCAGAGGUCCAGUGGCAAUCGGGAGAAUGAGGGAGGAGCAGCGCCUUCCACACCACACACGUUUCCUAAAAGAAGCCAGAAGGCGGCCAGAAGGGGCGUUUUCCCUGCCGAGGAUGCAGAAGACACUGAGUUUGAGCCCGAGGGACUUCCAGAAGUUGUAAAGAAAGGGCUGGCUGACAUCCCAACGGGAAGGACAAGCCCCUUCAUCCUGAGAAGAACGACCAUGGCGACCAGGACCAGCCCCCGCCUUGCGGCCCAGAAGUUAACACAGUCCCUCUUAAAUAUCCACAAGGAAAACCACGCUGGGGCCUCCCAGCCAAGAGCUGCUGGCGGCAGGUCACAAAAGGUUAAGGUGGCUCAGCAAAGCCCCACGGAUUCGGGCACCGUCUUCCAAGACCCCUCAGCAAGACCUCUCUCGGCCAGUAACAUCCCUAAGAGACAGUGGGCCGACAGCCCCAGGGAGGGCCUGAAGUCCAAGCGAGGCUGCCCCGCGCCCAGCUCGGAAGCUGGCACCGAGUCCCAGGAAAACUGUAGGAUCCAGUAGAGGGGACCUUGUGUGUUGGGGCCCCUGGCAGGUGGCCACAGUUGCGGAGAGACCAAUGUGUCCACAGGGGCUUGUCUUUACUCAGGGACACAUUAUCAGUAGGAAGAAAGCAAUUUCUGUAAAAUGUACAUACACUGUACUCUUCAGAUCUCCCACUGAAAACUUUGGAAGCCCUGGUCACCCUCCUAUUUCUUCCUGAUGUGCCUCCUCCGUGCUGUGCUCCACAGUAGUGUAGAAAGCAUUUUGGGAACGUUAUACUGGAGAGGCAAGCACUGUAUGAUAACUUCCGUUUGUAUGUGUGGGUUUUAAAGAUGCAAAACAAUUUAUACUUCCAAUUAACUGCUCCUAGGAAAACGUAAACUUGCCUCAUGCUAUUUCUGACGUACUAUUCCUUGUACUAGAAGUGAAAUAGUUUUAGAGAAUUUCUUAGAGCUGAGUCAAAUGAAGGAAGGCCCUGUUCUAUGUUUUUAAGGAAAACGUGCUCAAAUAUUCCCUGUGGCAGCCUGGUUGCUGGUCCCUCAACAGGUAAUGUAUGAAAUGUUCUGUUAUGGUGAUGGGUUCUUUGAAAAGGCCAGUUUGGUGUGCAUUCCCCCAAACAGUGAUGUUGUAUUAAAACAAGGCAUUUUGUUCUUGUAAAACUUACCUCUGUUUCUGUAAAAAUGA